GCAAGGUUUCUAGAUCGGCCGACGUCUACCCACCACUCAUCUAGUUCAGCCACUGAAGGUCUAUGUUUGUGGGUCUUGACUUAUAGGCAUCGACUUCGCGCAUUGCCUCAACUAGAUCUUGUUCCUUGAUAUCCAACGAUCCCUGCAUUGUUGAUAUAGCAUAACGCGUCUACCCAGCAUUGGUUUAAUGUACUGAUACCUCCUGUUAAGGCAUUCAGGAGGACCCACAUAAGUGAUGAACCGAACUACUUUUGACAUCCAACCGAUUGGCCGCUUCUAUGGCUCCAAUACGACGAUUCGUCGUCCCAGAGAAAUAACUUCUUUCUCCUACGAUGAUAACCAUGAGUUUCAUCUGGGAGACCUGUCUCUGCGGUACUACUAUCCACCAAGUCUUCCGGCCGAUUUGAACAAAGGCUUUGAUAGUUUCCAGAAAUUGGAUGACGCCGGGGAUGAACAUCUCGAUGCUUUGCUAGAGAGUAUCAUAGCCUUGGAAAAGGAGACAGGAAAGAAAUGCGAAGCCGACAUCAUUACUUGGCGUGGCAUGAUGACGAAGAUCCUCACGGCCCCAUUUGACAAUAUGAAUGGAUUUGAAAUGAAUGCGACGUGCUUCCAGGGAACUAUUUUUAUCGAAGAGAACAACGCCUUCAAAAACCAGCAAAAGCAAAUACAACAUAGCCAAAGAAUGCCACCUGGGAUGGCUUCCCAGGAGUUAAUGGCAUACUGGGGGUACAAGUUCGAGACCUUGUCGGUACUUGACCAGCCGUGGGAUCCGACACCCCGUCAUGAGAUUGAAAGUCGGGAAGAUCUAACCGUGAACAACAACGCCCAAUACUGUUCUGUAGCCCGCACUGGGAUAGGUCAUACGAAGCUAGUCAUUGGCGGAGAGGUUGAUGCCUUGUGGGACUGCAAACCAGACCGUAAGGAGGACCCUAUUAACUGGGUGGAGCUCAAAACGUCUGCGGAGAUUCGCAAUGAUCGCGACAUGUUCAAGUAUGAGCGAAAAUUAUUAAAGUUCUGGGCACAGUCAUUUCUCCUUGGCGUCCCUAAGAUCAUUGUUGGUUUCCGCGACCAGCACGGUAUUCUCCGUCGUCUGGAGGAAGUUGAAACCGCCAGCAUACCGAGCAAAGUCAAGAAAGUUGGUCGGAACACCUGGGAUGGAAACAUCUGUAUCAACUUCACCGCUGCAUUCCUUGAAUUUCUCAAGUCCACCGUCAGCGAAGGGGGAACGUGGCGAAUCCGCAAGCCAGAGAAGUCCUCACUCAUCGAGCUCUACAAGGUCGAGGAGAGCGGGACCGGCGAUAUCAUUUCUUCAUCCUUUUUGGAAUGGCGGGCAUCGGCUAAUGCAACUGCCGAAUCAUGACUUUGCUAACCCACCUUUCCCAUAUUGACGACGUUCUCAGGGAGGGCGGCUGUAAAUGCGAUGUUGUGUUGUGCCCAACACAGGUAUCUGUGGUCACCUGGCCCUCGGUAA